AUGGCAGAGUUCUCUGCUCUGACUACCAAGUUCCGCGCCAACCUGGACAGUCAGCAACCAGGGCACAAAAUCAGCAAACGAAACCGACAACCCGUAUCCUGUUAUAACUGCAGGAUCAAGAAAUUGAAAUGCGACAAGAGCCAUCCAUGCGAGACCUGCGUCAAACGGGGCGACGAGGCUAGCUGCGUCUACGGUAACAUCCCUCUGCACAAGGCGUCCGACACAACCACCACCAAUGGCGCGAACACGGGUCAAGUUGCAAACAAACGAGGGCAGGCCCAGGAUAGGCUCCGGCAUCUGGAGCAACUCGUCAUGCAAAUGGUCGGCAACACGACGAGCGCACAGUCUUCGCGAGACUCGGAAGUCGCUGCUAGCCCUGGCUCUCCCCCUGACAACGACACGUCAACUGCGAGCAUCGCAAAGGAAGGACAUCUCCAGUACGGGUCGUCGGAAUCGCGCUACGUCGGCUCAACCCACUGGUCCGCGAUCCUGGAAAGCCUCCAAGAACUCAAGUCGGCACUUUCGAGCGGCAGCAAUGGCCAAGGCGGCCGCCCAUCGACCACCGAACUCGAUGAGAGUGAGGACCUCGAACCUCCGGAGAUAGAAGGUCUGUUCGGUCCGACAAGCCAUAUUUCGCUCUCGCAGAUCCUGGCUCAGGCCCUUCCUCCACGACUUCAAGUCGACCGUCGCCUUUCUACCUACUUUAACAGUCGAUAUCUGGUCAUUCCCUUCAUCCACACGUCAAAGUUUCGGAAAGAAUACGAACAAUUCUGGCUCAACCCGCUGGAGAUGUCGCCCCUCUGGGUUUCCAUACUGUUCUCCAUCUGUUGCGUGUCGGCCACCUUGUCCGAAGCCGUGGGCUCUGAGCCUUCUACGCCGGAAGAUCAGUUAAGUCCGCGCAUGAGUUUUCUGAAUGCUGCCUGCCAAUGCCUCCGCCUGGGCGGAUUUGUCCGGCCUAAGCACUACGUGGUGGAAGCUCUGGGUCUCUAUGCCCAAUGUAAAUACAUGGCCACACUCGAUCCGUCACGAGAAGUCAGCGUCAUAUUCCCCAUCCUUGUACGACUCGCGUACCGAAGUGGCUACCACCGCGACCCCUCCCAAUUCCCUCAUUUCUCCGUGUUUGAAGGCGAAAUGAGGCGUCGUAUGUGGGCAAUGUGUCUGCAAUUCGAUCUCAUGGUCUCCUUCCAACUCGGCCUGCCAAACCAGAUCCCGCCGAAUAGCUGGGACACGUUAUCUCCAUCGAACCUCCUCGACAGCGACUUCGAUGAGAAUAGUACGUCUCUACCCCUGGCCCGGCCAGAAGAAGAACCGACGCAAAUAUUGUACUUCAUCGUCAAGACUCGCCUGAUGACCGCCUUCGGGAAAGUCUGCGCGCAUGCACUAUCGUUCCGUGACUACUCGCAGCAGCAGGUCAUGGACCUCGAUCGUGAAGUCCGCGCCGUAUACGCUACUGUGCCCGAGAUUCUGCACAUCCGUCCUAUGUCACAGUCCUUUGCCGACCCUAGCUAUCUCAUCAUGGUACGCACAAACUGUGAAUUCCUCUACCACAAAUCUCUCCUCGUGCUCCAUCGGAAAUACAUGACACAAGGCACCCACCCAACAUCUACCAAAGUAUGCACCGACGCCGCCAUUGCCAUCACAAAGCAUAUGCUGGAUCUUCACAAGGAGUUGAAGCCUGGGGGUCAACUGUUCCAGGAUCGUUGGAUGUUGAGCUCGUUCACGAUGAACGAUUUCUACCUGGCGGCCAUGGUCCUGUGCCUCGGGGUGAGUAUGUGGAGGAAGGCGAACCCAGGGAAAGAACUCGAGAAUUCCGAGGACGCCAGAAUGAUGGAGCAGUUCCAGCUUUUGAAGGCGGCGUUUGGGAUCUGUGAGGAUCUGAGUCCGACGAGUAAUGAGGCGAAGAGAGUGGCAGACGUCUUGAAGGUGGUGCUGGGUGAGGUUACAAGCGCAGAGGCUGGGACCCAAUCGACAUGGUCAGGCUCAACUGGCUCCAACAUGGGGGAUCCCUGGGCAGCGGUGCGAAUCAAUCAUAAACAAGGUCAAGCACAAGAGCCCACUGCAUUAACUUCAUCAAAACCUCAUCAAUUCAUGCAACAGGGGCGAUUCGGGGGUUCCGCAAUGUUCCCGAUGCAGUACGACUUCACCAUGGUCCCGCUGACAGUACAAGAUCAACAACAAGACCGGGAGGGUUUUCCGGAUUAUCAGUCGUCGUCAACGUCGUCGCAAAUCCAGCAAAGUCAGAACCACGGCAGCGGCGGAGGAGGGCGAGGUGGCGAUGUUGAUGGUGACGGCUUCUUCACGCCGGCGUUCAACAACUCCAGCGUCCACGACAGCGGCGCCACAUUGAACCCGAAUCUGCGUCUCAUGCCGGGCAUCCAGAACCCAGGUCUCGGACCAAAUCCGUUUAUGAGUUUCCUUCCCUUCGUUCCCAACACGACAUUGCUCCCGCCCACACCGACUCCAGACCCAUCAUCGUCAGCUACCGCACCGACGGGGACAUCGUCCUCGGCCGAGCAGGCUGCUGCCGAGGAGAUGGCCGCCGCCGUCGGAUCCAUCGGCACCAUGCCCCUGAACCUGGACGUCGACUGGGCCUUUCUCGACCAGUGGAUGGCGCUGCCAAGUCCAGACAUGCUGUCGUCCCUGCGCGAGAGUGCACCUCCUCCCGCUCACGCUACGGCGACAAAUCCGCUUCCUCCGCAUCCUCUGGCCUGGAUACCAGGACCGCCGGCGCAGCAGCGCGACGAGGCCGGCAACCAUCAACAAGAAGUUCAAGACGCCAGGCCGGGUAUAGGUGGGCUAGAGACAGACUGGACAAGUACGCCUUACGCCUUUCUCGGCGGCGAGCGACGGCACCUCGAUAGUACCAACAUAACAGGCGCAGACACGCAGAUGAUGGACGCCGGCGACGGCGACGGCGACGUCGCAGGCGCACACGCAGGCGGAAGAAGCGAACUCAACGGCGCAAAACCCUCCUCGGGACGACAACCCGCCAACACCAACACAGGGCUGUACAUGGGACAUGUCGGAUACUGA